CCAAUCCGACGUUGACAUUGUCAAUAGAACAAAACAAAUCAUGACGGAACUGCGAGACGAUAAUUGAAUGAACAUUCUGUGAAUCUCUUCCUCCUCUUUUUUUUUUCUUUCUUUUUUUCUCUCUCUCUGUCUCUCCGUCUAUCAGUUACUUCAAUACCCUAAAGGAUAAGCAGCAGAAUGGUUCACAAAUACCAGUCCCCUGUCAGGGUCUACAAAUACCCUUUUGAAUUUGUAAUGGCGGCCUAUGAGAAACGGUUUCCUACUUGCAAAAUGAUACCGGUAUUCCUUGGCAGUGACAUCAUAAGUGAUGAAACCAGUGAAGAUGGGGCCAUUCAUGUAGUCCAGAGAAGGUGUAAACUUGAUGUUGAUGCUCCCUACAUACUGAAAAAGCUUGCUAGUGUUGACUAUGUCUAUUUUAUGCAAUGUAACACCCUGGAUCGUCGCAACCGUACCCUGAAGAUUGAAGCAUACAACGAAAGCUUUUCAUCUAGAGUUACUGUUAAAGAGCAAUGCUUUUACUCAGUACACCCUGAAAAUCCUGACUGGACGUGUUUUGAACAGACUGCUAGUCUUGAUAUCAAAUCAUUCUUUGGAUUUGAGAGCACACUGGAAAAAAUAGCAAUGAAACAGUAUACACUUAACAUUAAAAAGGGUAAAGAAGUAAUAGAAUACUACAUCAACGAAUUACAGAAGGAGAAUAUUACAUAUAUCCCACCUUGGACAGAGACUAAGAAGGAAGGAAAGAGCGCUGAGGAGUGUUCAGGUUUGGCUAAAGGGAUGAAAACACUUAGCUGCCAAGAUGCUGAUGUUUGUACUACAUCUGAUGCUGCCUCUUCACUCUACAGUCAGGCAGAGGGAACAUCGAAAAAUGCUGAAGAUAAGAGAACACAAGCUGAAGAUACUUCUAUCGAAGCUGACAAAAAAAAUAAAAAAUCUGUCAAACUUGAAUGUUCUGUGAAUUCAGGAAAGCUUGAAGCAGAAUAUAUUCAACGAUGUCUUGGUCACUUAACCCCUCUUCAGGAAAGUCAACUUGUACAAUUACGGCAGUGGCUACAAGAAACGCACAAAGGAAAAAUUCCCAAAGAUGCUCACAUUCUUCGCUUUUUACGAGCCCGACAGUUUAAUAUUGAAAAAGCCAGAGAAAUGCUGGUUCAUUCUUUAGCUUGGCGUAAACUUCACAAUAUUGAUCAUCUUCUUGAUAAUUAUCGACCAUCACAGGUCAUCCAAAAAUAUUACCCUGGUGGAUGGCACUUCUCAGACAAUGAUGGCCGUCCAAUAUACAUACUCCGGUUAGGACAGAUGGAUGUGAAAGGUUUGAUGAAAGCAGUUGGUGAGGAAACUGUACUGAAACAUGUUAUAGCUGUAAAUGAAGAGGGUGUACAGCGAGCUGCUGCUGCAACUGAGCAACUUGGAUACCCAGUUAGUGGUUGUACUUGGAUCAUGGACUUAGAGAAUCUGAGCAUGCGACAUCUAUGGCGGCCAGGCAUAAAAGCUCUGCUAAGAAUUAUUGAAAUUGUUCAAGCCAACUAUCCAGAAACUAUGGGGCGUCUAUUAAUUGUCCGUGCCCCACGUGUAUUCCCGGUGCUAUGGACUCUAGUUAGUCCUUUUAUUGAUGAUAAUACCAGAACGAAAUUCAUGAUUUUUGGAGGAAAUGAUUAUCAAGGUCCAGAAGGAAUAACAGAAUUCAUCAACAAAAAAUAUGUCCCUGAUUUCCUUGGUGGUGACUGUUUUGGCUGCAAAGAAGGAAGGGAUACACAGUUGGAGACCACGUGUCAUAUACCAGAUGGUGGCGUUGUUCCUAAGUCCCUAUACAUGAAAGAUGAUGAUGCUGAUAAAUCACCUGAUGAACCAACCUUUGCUACAGAUAGUAUCUAUCAGACAACUCAUGUUGUUAAAGAUUAUCCACAUGAGGUUUUAAUCCAAGUACCCCAGAAAAACUCAGUGAUCACAUGGGACUUUGAUAUCUUGAAAGGUGACAUUACUUUCACUGUGUUCCGGUGUAUGAAGCAGUUACAUGAACCCAUUCACACUCACCAUGUAACAGGAGCAACGGCAGGUAUUGGUUCUGUGCAGUACAUUGAGAAAUCAAUGGCUGUUGGUGCUGAGUUGAGCAUUGUUGAGCCCCCUCAUAUAUGUCGUGAUGGUGAUAGUAUACAGGGAUCCAUAGUAACAGGUCAACCUGGCAGUUAUAUCUUACAGUGGAAACAUUUUGAUUCAGCUAAACCUUCAUUUGACUUCCCACUCUCUUCACACAAGUCCAAAGUCAUGUAUUAUACUGAACUGCUGAAGUCAGAAGCUUUCAAGGGCUCCAUGAGCAGCCUUCAAUCCUUUCAAAGUAGCAUUUCUUCUCUGAGCAUUGGAACUAAUCAGAGCAGCCAAUCGGGCCUGAGUAGCUGUCCGUCCAGAUCUUUGAAAUGACAUCCAGGAAUGGAAUUGCCCAGCUGAUUUAGAUUUCCAAUUUACUCCAAAAGAGACAAGGGAAUUUUGUAAAAUGUAACAGAUGGCUUGGAAAUGUCUUUUGUUAUAAAUUUCCAGACAAAAACUAUUACCUUCUGAAAUAUGCAAAUCAAUAUGAUGAACUGAAAGCAUCUUCAAAAGCUUCUAUUUGGUGAUAGGCAGCCACAUUUAAACCAAUUCUGUUGUUUGUGCUCAUGUACUAUUUAGCCUAGCAUCAAAAAAGAAAACAAAAAUCAAUGUAGAAAGGACUACAUCUGAUUUUAGGUUGUUGAAGGUUAAUUCUGCUUAAUAUGUUUAUUGUUAAUACAGUUGGUGCCAUUGAAGUACCAUCAGUUACCUAUAUUGGAUCAGUGAUGCAGGCUUUAGGUCUUCAGAUAAAAGUUUGCUGCUGCUUUGAUAGACAAUGGCAAUACAUUAAUACAAAACGUAUGUAUACAUAUUUAAGUAUAUUCUAUACAACAAACAAAAAUACUCUGUAUUUAUGUUGUGUGUGUAUACAUUAUGUAUAUAAAACCAUGUAUGUAUGUUUAUAGGUGAAUAUGAAGGUUAAUUUUAUGUUUGACAUAAUUUAAUAAUAGAGACAUAUGUAAAGUUACACAACCAUUGUAAGAUGCUGCGUGUGUAUGCAUGACUAUGUGCGUGUUUGCAUAUGUUUAUAUUUAUUUAAAGAAUUUCAACAACAUAUCACUCAAGAAUCUCAACACACUUCAAACCAUCUCUAAUCCAGACCAUUUUAUCAUAACUCACACCUUAGAAAUGACAACAGCAUAAUCUCAUACUCAGGUAACACACACACAUGCAUCAACAUAAUACUAGGAGGCUUCUAAUUCAACAGGUUUGGCAAAGCCAAUCAUUCUCCAAGCUAUAUCCAUAGCAGGAUUUGAACAAAAUACUCUUAAUCAGAUUUCUCACACUUGCCUUCUUCAUAUUCUGUCAUUAAACAAACAAGUAAUUAAUUCAUACUUAUCUUUUGAUGCCCAGAUACAGUUAAAGGAAAGCUCACAGGAAAUUGAUAGACUUUAUUUCCAGAAAUGCUGGACAAAUAAUUCCAAAUGCCCAGUUUUCAAUGCUAAUAGUAAAAUGUUACUGCAGGUCAAUAAACUACAUGUCAGUUAUGUCCCCUUUAUUUAUACAGAUAAGCUUUACCUUCUCUCUAUUGCUUAUUUACAGCUAGGACUGGGCCAUUUGUGAGUUAAGUGGCAUUAUGGCCAAUGAUACAGUGUUGUGUUUGUGAUACUACACGAAUCAUCAACAAUUCAAUUGGCAGCCUGAAGUCUUAGCAAUUCAUGCUGCUACAUCUCUUAUUUAAACAUCUGCAUUUAAGAAAACAUAUAUUUAUUUACAUCACAAAAAAUAAUGAUAAAUCAAGUCAAUUGCUUAUUUUCCAUAAUCAGAGAUAACCACUAAUAAAUAUUUCAUGUGAUUGAAAUCAUGAGAAGGAAAGAAAUGAGAAGAGCUAUUUAUGCAGUCAUCUAUCUAUAUAUAUAUAUAUCUCAAUGGCAAAUAAGAACAGAUAUUACUUCUGUAUUCAAAUGAAUGACCUUUAAUGGUGUGUGUGUGUGUGUGUGUGUGUGUGUGUGCAUGUUGGUGUAUUUGAAAACCAUGUAAUAUUUGAUUGCAGAUGAUAUCAAUAUUUCUGAUAACAGUAUGCUAGCUAGAUUAUGAUCUGCAAUUGUAAUAUGCAUAUUUUCUAUACUUCAGCUCAUCAUAUUCUCUACAUACCAUCAUUACAUAUCCAUUGAAUGCUAAUGAAAAUCAUCUUUUAUAGAAGUGGAAAUGUAGUUUUCAUAUAUUUUCUUCCGGAAUUGAAAUUAUCUUGCAUAUAUACAAGAAACUCUAAGGUUGUGAGUACUGGACUACUGACUACAUGGUCCCAAGUUCAAACCACAUGACAGCCAACACGUGACCCUGAGAAGGUCACCUAACUGCUAGUUUCAGUCUGCUGACAGACACAAUCUAAUCACAUCAACUCCACAGUUGUAGUGAUUAACAGUUGGAAGACAUUCUACUGUAAAUAUAAAGUAUACAUUUGUAUGUAGCUGCGAGAGAGAGAGAGAGAGAGAGAGAGAGAGAGAGAGUGUGUGUGUGUGUUGGUAUGUAGUGCAAGGGCUAGUAGCAUGUAGAGUGACUGGUAGUGUGGAGUGAAGUGACCAGUAGUGUGCAGUGGACAGUGCUUCUGUGUACAGGUGACACAUCUUUGAAUGUGUGGUGAUGGAACUGUUUGUGUGAGCAUGUCAAUGUGUGGUGAUGGAUAUGUUAGCAUACCAUAUCUAGGCUGUUGGACAAUUGUUUAAUAUAUUGUGACAAAGCUGUGGUGACAUAGUAGGCAGGCUAUUUUAGUAUUUUAGUAUGUGGUUUUUUAUCCGGUGACAACCAAGCCUUGUAUAUUCCCUCGCCAAAUAUAUCACUAUUUUUGUUGUCAUUAUCAUUAAUAAUAUUAGAGCAAUGGAGAUGGCCGAGGAAGUAGAACCAGAUUUCAUGUUUUACUGCAUUUAGUUUCAUUUCUCUGUUCUGAGGCUGACUUUGCCUUUUAUUCUCACAGGAUUGAUAAAAUAAGUACCAGUAAUAUGCUAUAUCAAUUCAACUGACUUUACCCAACCCAUUUUAAAAAAUUGGCCUUGUACCUAGUCAAAAGAAAAUCAUUAUUAUUAAUUAAUAUUUGUAUGUUUUUUUUCUUCAAUUUUUGUUAUUUCAUUUUAGACAUUGUUCCUUGAAUAAAAUGGUGAUUACUCAAGAGACAUAUUUCUCAAAAUGAAAAUAUUGUUCACCCUAAUUGUAUUAUUUUCGAUAAAUUGAGAGUUUCAUACAAAAGUCUAAAA